CAGACAUCUCCAGCGUUUCCGUCAGGUUUGUCGAGAGAUUAGCACACGGAACAAAAAGCCCGAACGCCUGUCCUGACCAGCACGAUGUCUCGUUUCUUCCACGGCGGCAGUGACAGCGAAAGCUCGUCCUCAGACGAGGAGGAGCUCUACAGCGAUCGCGAUAAGCCGGAAGAUGAUGAGGAGGAGUCUAGUGAAGAGGAGUCCAGCGAGGAGGAGUCCUCGGAGGAGGAGAGUGAUUCCGAUGAAGAUGGCGGUCUGCAGGGUGCGAGCAAGUUCUACAAGUCGACCAAGGCCGCCGUUGAAUCGGACGAAGAUGAGGAGCGGGUUACGGUCAUGAAGAGUGCGAAGGAUAAGAGGCUAGAGGAGUUGGAACAUACAAUCAAGGUCAUUGAUAAUGCGGAGAGAAUCAAUGACUGGGCUGUUAUUUCUACAGGUAUGUCUAGAGAAUGGGUUGGCCGUGGACUGCGGGGGGGUAUCUCUUGAUAAGAGAAAACUGACUUGGUGGUGUAGAGUUUGAUAAGCUGAACAGGCAGACUGCAAAGAUUGUCCAGUCUGGGCCUAUUCCAAAGGUCUAUAUCAAGGCUAUCGCCGAUCUGGAGGACUUCAUGAACGAGACGCUUGCGAAGCAGAAAGUGUCCACGAAGAAGAUGAACGCCAACAACGCCAAGGGCUUCAAUACUGUCAAGCAGCGUCUAAAGAAAAACAAUAAGGAAUAUGUCACCGAGAUCGAAAAGUACAGAGAGAACAAGGAGGAGUACAUGGAGCCAGACCAGGAGGAAGAAGUUGUGGUUGUGGAGCGUGCUCCCCGUGCCGCUACCCGAGUUGAGGAUGUUCUUAUUGGAGACGACACUGGAUUCUCGACCGUUGGCCGUGGUGGAAAGGCUCUCCAGUAUACCCCAGAGAGCAUUCUCAAGCACCUCCGUGUUGUGGUGGAGUCUAGAGGCAAGAAAAACACCGACCGUAUGGAGCAAAUCCGAACUAUGGAAAAACUCCUUGAGGUUGCCACUACACCAUACCACACUAUCCGAAUCCUCCUAACCCUCAUCUCUACUCGUUUCGACCUCAGCACCACUUCGGUAAACAACUUCUUGAGUACUGAUCAAUGGAAACUCGCCGAGCGAGAGAUUACCACCCUGCUCCAGACCCUGGAGGAGAAUCCUUCGUAUGUUGUCACCGAAGGUGCUGAAGAGUGGGAAGACGAUGAGAAGAUGCCACAGCUGGCCCCUGGUGAAGUACUUAAGGUGCCUGGAAGCAUUGUCUCUCUGGUUGAACGAUUAGAUGACGAGCUCACCCGUUCGCUGCAACACAUUGACCCUCACACAGCCGAGUACAUUGAGAGACUCAGUGACGAGCAGCUACUAUACAACAACAUUGUUCGUGCCUUGAUCUACGUUGAGAACCUCAAUGAGAUCGAGAAGUCCGAGCCCAGACAAGAUAGCGUAAACAGAGUUUCUGAUGCGAAGACUAGAGCACGUCUACUUCAAGCCUGCACAGGUCGUCAACAUAAUGGAAGAAAACUCCUGGAAGGUUGUUCCUGAGAAGCUUGACUCAUCGAUCACCCCUCGAGCAAAGAGCACAUAUGUCACCGCCUUGGUACAGACCCUGUGUAACUAUCUGUUCGAGUACAGUGACGGCAUCAUCAGAGCUCGUGCUAUGCUCUGCCAGAUCUACUUCCUCGCCCUUCAUGACAAAUACCACCGCGCCAGAGACCUCAUGUUGAUGUCCCAUCUCACAGAGAACAUCUCCAACUUUGACGUUAGCACACAGAUCCUCUUCAACCGGACGCUUGUGCAGAUUGGUCUCUGCGCUUUCCGUGCCGGACUUGUCUAUGAAGCCCAAAACACCCUCUCUGAGGUUUGCGGAAGUGGACGACAAAAGGAGCUUCUGGCUCAGGGGAUCAUCAUGCAGAGAUACUCCUCUGUCUCCCCCGAGCAGGAGAAACUUGAGCGUCAACGCCAGCUCCCCUUCCACAUGCACAUCAACCUCGAGCUCCUCGAGUGCAUCUACCUCACCUCUAGUAUGUUCCUUGAGGUUCCUCUGAUGGCCCAGAGCUCUUCCUCCCCCGAACUUAAGCGCCGAAUCAUCUCCAAGACUUUCCGAAGAAUGCUCGACUACAACGAGAGACAAGUCUUCACCGGCCCACCAGAGAACACGCGUGAUGGUGUUAUCAUGAGCGCCAAGUUCCUUGCAGCUGGCGACUGGAAGAAGGCCUCGGCCACCCUCAACUCCAUCAAGAUCUGGGACUUGAUGGCCCAGCCCGACAAGAUCAAAAUCAUGCUUGCCGAGCAAAUCCAAGAGGAAGGCCUACGCACCUAUCUGUUCACCUACGCUCCAUUCUACGAUACCCUCUCCAUCAGCACCCUCGCCGCCAUGUUUGAGCUCUCCGAGAAAAGAAUUUCUGCUAUUGUCAGCCGCAUGAUUUCUCACGAAGAACUCAGCGCUGCCCUCGACCAAGUUAACGACGCCAUUGUCUUCCGCAAGGGCGUUGAGCUUUCUAGACUCCAGAGUCAAAUCGUUACUCUUGCAGACAAGUCCAUGUCUCUACUAGAAGCUAACGAGAAGACCCUUGAACAACGAACACAAGGUAUGACCAAUGCGUUCCAACGUGACCAGGGUCAUGGCGGACGAGGUGGUGGACGAGGUGGCAGAGGCGGACAGCGAGGUGGUGGUGGCCGUGGCGGUGGUAUUGGAGGACAAGGUAGAAGGCCCGGUAACCAGCAGUUCGGCGGUGGUGCCCUUGGUGGAGCAAUCAGAGCAUGAACGAGUUAUCCCUUCUAACCCCCUUCUUCUAUCAUCAAACCCCUUUUUUUGACACCCGAGAAGUUAAUGAAAUGAUGUGUUUUAUGAUUUUCUGUAUCAGCAUCAUUUCCUCCUUUCGUUUUCUUAAUGGUUCUUGUCUGCUUUUUACUUCUUUUCCUAUUUAUGUGUACCGGCUCUGUCUUCAGUGAAUGCUUGGGGUUGAGUCUGCAUCUACGCCAUUUGGCAGGGUUCAAAAAUGUCCAUGCAUAUUAUAAACGAUCAAUGGCAGGUUAAAUAAAUCAAAACUUCAGUGGUUCACUCUUCAAUGUUCGACUAUCGAAUGUUGAUUAUAAACAUAAGUACUCU